GGAAAAAAUCAAAAGUUCGCACAAGGAGCACUGAAUGACGCUUUAAUAUCGUAAAUAGUUAAAAAUCAGUUAAAAAUCGUGUUUUAAGCCGAAAAACAGCUUGAUUCAGCUGAAAAACAACAUUAUUCCUACCGGAUUAAGUUUCAGAUUUUGUUUUUCAUUUUUUUUUGUUCGAUUAUUCGUUCUAUUAUGUAUGGAAUAGUGUUUUCGAUUUCACAAUCGAAAAUCACUCCAGAUUACUAGCUUCCCUCUUGAGAAGGAGGGAACCCUGGAAGUCAUUACUCCUGUUGGACCAGUAAACAAUGGAACACAGCUAUUCGCGUGAUUUCCGACCGAUGGAAAACAGUCAGACGGCAACGACGCGGACACUGAUGGUGCACCGACCACCACAGUGUCCCUCAUGUCACACCCAUGGCAGCGGAAGCAGCGGCCAUGAUGAAGGGAUCGAUCUGGAGGAAUCGUACAAUCCUCCGAUUCCAUCCUACAAUGAAGAGAGUGCUAAAAUAGCGAUGCUGGAAAGCGAAAAUGUAACCAAACAGUUGAGAAACUGCAACUCCGAGGACGUCGACUGGGAGGACCGCAUAAACAAACUUGGAUGGUCGGUGCAGCAGAUUCGGCUCUUCAGUAAAGUAACUAAACUGUUGGACAUGGAUCGUUUGGCCCGGUUGACGAUUGAGGACAAACAGCAUGAACCGGUACACAGGAGGAUGGUUAUUGACAAAUCGGUGGGUCGUCUCCGGCAAGCUUUGGCCAGUGUGUCCUGGGAACCGCGACUUACCCAAUGGAUUCACGGAUUGCUUAUGGAAAGUCUUCCGCCGAGCUAUCUGGCAGCAUACAUCGACAUACUACAAACAUUGAAAGCGAAACUUCCCACGAUGGUCGAUAAGAUGAUUUUCGGGAAGCCGUUGAACAUCAGUCAGGAAUUGGUGGGUCCGAUACUGAAGAAACCCUGGGAACCGAUCGUUGCUCACAAAAACAGGAAACUUCCGGGGCAGCCCUUCAUUAUGGUGGUUCCCUCGGGGCCAAAUAUGAACACCACUAGCAGUCGGUUACAGAAAUGGUACGCUUUGUUCGCUACAAUGGCCUCCGUAAUUCCGAUAUUGAUGCCGCAUCAUGGGCAAGCCGUUAACAAGCAAAGUCUCCAAACUGUUUCGGAACAGUUAGUAGCCGUUACGAGGGCCAAAAUUCAAGAAGUUCGACAAGAAGCCCCUAACAGGCCGAUAAUCCUGGUUGGAUUUAACGCUGGAGCAGCGUUGGCCAUCCAAAUUGGCCUGGUCGAGCCCGUUAACAGCGUUGUAUGUUUAGGAUUCGCCUACAACACAGUCAAUGGGCCGCGAGGUGCACCCGACGACCACAUCACGGACAUUACGGCUCCUGUAUUGUUCGUCGUUGGGCAAAUGUCCGCUAAAACGAGUCAAGAGGAAAUCGAGCACCUGCGGGAGAAAAUGGUUGCCCAGACUUCACUUGUCGUGGUUGGCUCCGCGGACGAUUGUCUAAGGGUGUGCAAAUCCAAGAGGAAAAUCGAAGGUGUGACUCAAUCGAUGGUAGAUAACAUGAUUAUGGAUGAAGUUGCUGAGUUCGCUACCAACUGUUUGCUGAACCCACCUCGCCCUAAGCAAAGCAUCAAAGAUCCUAAUGGGCAGAAGUCCAAUUUGUUGCUGUCAAACAACAGCAGUAAUCUGGCUGCUACUGGUGGAAUUCCGAAUAUUCCGGCGACUGGUGCAGCAUCUGUACAUGCUGCAAAUGCAGCCGGUAGUCGCGGCACUACACCUUACACAGCCCAAAAUCGUAAACGAAAAAUGAGUCCGAUAGCCGGGGACCACGACAUGAAUAAAACAUUGAAAAUGAACAACAGUAGGGUAACUCCAAAGAAAAUUGUCAAGCCGAUUAAACCAACACGUGCUGAAAAGAUGCUUUUACAUCAAAAUCAGAAAGCUUUAGAUGCGGCUAUUCAAAGCAUUCUGCCCGAACCGGACAAGGGCUCUGACGUUAAACUGUUGCAAAAAACAUCUACACCGAUGACAAAUUACCAAAUAUCAUCUACUCCCGGAAACAAUCUUGAAAUACGUCAAUCAUCUGGCCCCCAGGUUGUUUCGGGAUUGGGCAGUUCUCCAAUUGUGCUGCCAAUGAUCAAAAGAGAAUCGAUAACCACCACGUCUUUACCACAGCAGUUACAAAUUCAACCAACUUCUACGCCAUCAAGCAUCAAGGUGAUUCCAUCGAAUCAAUUCAUCCAGCUCAAGCCAUCGAACACGACACAAAAAUUCAUUUCCUUCAAGUCUUCACCGAAACCGGUCGUAUCCAUAGUCCCGAAGCAGCCCAUGUCUACGCCCAGCCCUCUUGCCAAAACCACACAAAUUUCACCGCAUCAGCAACAGUCCUUCAGUCCGACCAAAUUUACGAUUGUUCGCAACAAUACAGGUCUCAGUGGCAGUUCUACACCCACAAAUGCUGGCGCAAUGCUCAGGACCACCAAAUCACCACCGACUCCUGAUUUAUCGAACACAAAUAUUUUCGAUAUUCCUAUCGUUUUCGCGGACAAUGAGGGUAACAUACAAGAAGGAUCACCCCAGAAACCCAGCAUUAUUACAACUAAACCAUCUGCUUCAAAUAUUGUGACUAUCUCAUCGACCAUUCCCAACCAAUCGAGCAUAAAAACUGAGCCGGGUAACCGAAUUAUCACACUGCAACCAUCACUGAAGCCGAACAAGGUGGUCAUCAUCAACAAAAACAACAUAAAACAGGUUCCGGCAAAUGUGCUGACCGCUACGGCUUCGGCGAAGACCACCACUAUCACUCCGACUUCUGGACAGAAGUUUACCAAAGUUGUAUUAUCCAAUCCGCUCGCCAAGACCAUUCAAUCAAGUACACCCGGUGGAAUAGCUCCCGGAAACCAGGUCACUGUCACGAAGAAUCUCGGACAAAUUUUUUCUAGCGGUAAACUGGAAAUUUUGAACAGCACCAUCGUAAAACCUGCUACGGUUGUUUCUGGCACCACUACAACACCCGGAACUUCACAUCAGAAGUAUCAACCGAUAAUCAUCAACGUUGAUCCGUCAAAAACGACAACGAUGAAAAACUUCGUGCGUGUUGGUGAAACGCAGAUUCGGCCUGUGGGAACUUCCCAGACUAGUGUCCCCGGAACCAACACCAUCACUCCUCAGCUGGCACCGGGUAUCCCUGGCACCAACACCAUUCUCAUUAAAACGAACUCUCUGUCCCAUUUCAAUGCUACUCGAAAACCGACCAUUUUGAAUCGGAACAUCACCGUUCGCAAAGUGAAUAUCGUUCCCGGGGCGCAGACGGUAACGGCAAGUGGAUCGACUACGUUAGGAACGCCGCAACAGCUACCACAAGCGCAACAGCAGCAACAUCAGCAACAUCAAGCCCAGCAACAGCCCAAGGCGCCAUAGAUUGUAAUGCUAAGUUUAGUACUACGGACAAAGAUCUGUAAAUUGAAAAUGUUUUAAUGAUUUGAUAAAAUAUCGACCUAGGAGUAACAGGUGAGUACAUGCAUUGUA